GAACCCUCCAUCACCGGAGUGAUACCCUGGAGACAGUGAUCCUGGUAAAUCCCAAUGUGGACAGCAUUGUGUCUGAGGUCCGCUCACUGGUGUGUGAUUCAUCAGCCCACAAACUACUGAUCUUCUGUGGUCAGAGCUCAGACCAGGAAGGAGACUUGAUCCUGCAGACAGGGACCUUCACUUACCAAAAGUUUGCUGAGAUACUUUCAGACCCAGAGGUCACCCAGAUUCUUAGCAACACUGAUUCAGAUACCAAGGCCUCCCUUACUGUGUCGUGCUUGGGAGAAGGAGACUGGAGCAACCUUGGGCAUCCUCGAUUUCAGGAAAUUAUUAAUUUGAAACUGAAUCCUGAUCCAGUUCUUCCAGAAAUGGAUGGGGUGUCUGAGUUUGCAGAAUACGUCUCUGAGACAGUUGAUGUGCCAUCUCCAUUUGAUCUCCUGGAGCCACCCACCUCAGGGGGCUUUCUGAAGCUUUCUAAACCCUGCUGCUACAUAUUUCCUGGGGGAAGAGGUGAUUCUGCUCUCUUUGCUGUCAAUGGGUUUAACAUCCUUGUGGAUGGUGGCUCUGACAGGAAAUCUUGCUUCUGGAAGCUGGUAAGGCACCUGGAUAGGAUUGACUCGAUCCUGCUCACCCACAUUGGUGCAGACAACCUACCUGGCAUCAAUGGGCUGCUGCAGAGGAAAGUUGCUGAGCAAGAGGAGGAACAAUCCCAGGGUUCUACCAACUACAGUGACUGGAUGAAGAAUCUAAUUUCUCCUGAGUUAGGGGUGGUUUUUUUUAAUGUUCCUGAAAAACUGAAGAUGCCUGAAUCGUCCAUGAAAGUAAAGAGGAGCAUCGAAGAAGCUUGUCUGACACUGCAGUAUCUCAACAGACUAGGCAUUAAAUCAGAGCCUCUCUACAGGGUGGUGAGCAGUACCAUUGAACCUAUCACACUUUUCCACAAAAUGGGAGUGGGUAAGCUGGACAUGUAUAUACUGAAUCCUGUCAAGGACAGUAAAGAAAUGCAGUUUCUAAUGCAGAAAUGGGCUGGUAAUAGUAAAGCAAAGACUGGCAUAAUUCUUGCGAGUGGGAAAGAAGGUGAAAUUUCUGUUCCCUAUCUCACAUCCAUCACAGCCCUAGUGGUGUGGCUUCCAGCUAGCCCAACAGAGAAAAUUGUAAGGGUUUUGUUUCCUGGAAAUGCUCCUCAAAAUAAGAUACUGGAAGGUCUUGAGAAACUCAAGCACCUAGAUUUUCUGAGGUACCCAGUGGCUACUCAGAAAGAUAUCACUUGUGGAAUACCUCCACCUGUGCUGAAGCAGACCAAAAUUAAACAAAGAACUGACAGUAAAGAGAGUCUUAAAUCUUCCCCCAAGCCAUCUGUGACAAAGCAAGCUAAGAAAGAAGAAGCAGUUGAGGAUGGGGUUAAGGAGGUAAAACCAGAAGUCAUAAAGGAUGCUAAAAUUGAGAAAAAGGUUAAAGAACAGUCAGAGAAAAUUCCUGAGAAGCCUGUUAAACAUGAAAAGAUAAAAAUAGAAACAAGUGAUGCUCUCAAAGCUGAGAAAAGAAAAUUGGCAAAAGAGAAGGUUGGAAAAAAGCAUCUCAAAGAGAAAGUAUCCAAACUGGAGGAGAAGAAAGACAAAGAGAAGAAAGAUAUUAAGAAGGAGAAAAAAGACUUAAAAAAAGAUGAUGGAAAGAAAGAGGAAAAAAAAGAUUCAAAGAAAGAGGAUAAAAAGAAAGAAACCAAGCCAGAGUCCAAAAAAAUUUCUAAACCAGACUUAAAACCAUUUACCCCAGAAGUAAGAAAAACAUUAUACAAGGCAAAAGUUCCAGGCAGACUGAAAACUGAGAAGAUCAAAGUCAAACCUGAAAAAGAAGUACCUGCUGACUUGACGACGUCACCGAUGGAAAAGGCACCUCUACAGAUGGAGCCAGGAGAGACUUCCGUAGCUGAACAAAGGUUAGUCCUGUCUUCACCAGAAGAUCUUACAAAGGACUUUGAGGAACUGAAGCAUGAGGAGAAAGGGGCCUUGCAGGUGACCCAAGAAAUGUCCGAUAUUGAGGUUAGUGAUAAGAUUACGAGGGUACCUGAAAUCGAGGUAAAAGACUCUGCUGACAUGAUUGCUCAGAGUUGCCUUGACGGAAAAGCUGAGCAGGACGAGGAAGGUCAGCUGUUUCUAGACAAAGAACAGGUACCAUCACAGACAGACCUCUUAGCAAAGGGUGUUCGGUCAUCAGUGUUCAGAGGGGAAGAAAAGGAGGAAGAGGAAAAAAUCUAUUUGGACAGAAAACAGAGGGAAGCAGAAACAAAGACUUGUGAAAAGUAUAUUGAGGGGACAGAGGCACAGGAAGAGGGUGAGAAGGAAAAGAGAGAAGAUGUGAUAGAAAAGGCAGAACUGGAAGAAAAGGAAGAACAGCACAUGAAGGCAGAGGAGAAGGCAGAAAAGAAUAGAGACUUCUAUGAGCUGAAUCAGAAUGAGAAGGAGGAAAAAAUAUUUACCACUACAGAAAAGGAAAAAGAAUUUAGUGACAUGGGUGAGAAAAACAAGUUAUUUGGAAAGGAUGUAACAAAGGAAGAGUCGUACCUGAGCUUGCCGGUCCCACCAGGAGCAACAGCAGAACAUGUUUCAUACAUCCAAGAUGAAACUAUCCCAGGCUACUCAGAAACAGAGCAGACCAUUUCUGAUGAAGAAAUACAUGAUGAACAGGAAGAGAGGAUCCCACACUUGAAGUAUGAUGUCAAUGCCUAUGACAUAUCUGUUCCUGACCACCCAGGCUCUUUUGAAGCAAUACAUGGAAUACAGGCCAUGCCUACUGCUGACCUUUCAGCCAAAGGCUAUGCUGGACAGGAGUCUGAAAUCCUGGCAUAUCCUACAAACAUUGUGGCAGCACCUCUAGCUGAGGAGGAACAUAUAUCCUCUGCUACCUCCAUUACAGAAUGUGAUAAGCUUUCAUCUUUUGCAACUUCAGUAGCAGAGGAUCAAUCUGUUGCAUCUAUAACAGCACCGCAGACAGAAGAGACUGGGAAAAGCUCUUUACUUCUAGACACAGUAAACAGCAUGCCCUCCUCUCGGACUGAAGCAACCCAAGGUCUCGACUAUGUUCCCUCUGCCGGCACAAUCUCUCCCACAUCAUCCUUGGAGGAAGACAAAUGUUUUAAAUCUCCACCCCCUGAAGAUUUCCAUGCAUUAGCAGAAGGAGAGAGAAAACCGGAAGCUCAAAAAAAGGAUCUUCAUGAAGAGGCAGACGAUGAAGAAGAAGAUGGGACUCCAAACAUUGAAAUGCCUGAGAAACUCCGAGGGCAUUACAGUGCCCCCAUGUUUGCUCAUCAAGGAUGUCCUGAUAAGGUUGACUCUGCAGAGGCUGAAGAACGAUGCAUGAGUCCUGAUGAUAGUACAGUCAAAAUGGCCUCUCCCACCCCAUCUGGCCCCACUAGUGCAGGACACACUCCUUUUCACCAGUCUCCAGUGGAGGAAAAACUAGAAACAGUAGAUUCAGAUUUAUUUGAAAAACAAACAGAUGCUGCUGCCAAGAAAUUGGAAGGCCAAACUUCUGUUGUGGUGAAGGGAGCCAAGGGUGAACCUCACAGAGAAGACGAGGUGUCUGCAGCUAAAUACAGACAUGAAAAAGAAGUGCCUGGACCUGUACAGCACAAGCUGGACUUUGGCAGUGACAUUCCCGUGUCUCCUGGGGAGGAGGUGCAGGAAGAACCAGUGGGGAAGGAGGAGCUGCCCUGGCUUUCCUACCACAAGCAGGACACAGUGGUGAUAGGGGAGGAGGAGGAUCAUCCUGUGCUGCCCCAUCCCAGCACAGAUGUGUUUCUGGAGACAGAAAAAGACCAAGGAACUAAAUCCAUAACAGAAAGUUUAAUGGGAUUUUCAAAAGACUUGUCCUUUGAGCCAUUCUCUACCACAGAAACAUUUCUAGGAAAUGUGGAUCCUCUACAGUUCACACGCCAAAGCAAAUCUGACAGUGACAAAUCUUCACAGUUUUCACCAGAUGACACCAAAUCCCUUUCUUUUACAGAAGAAAAUAUUGGUAAAGAAAAAUCCUCAGAUAUUUCUGUUAAGGGAGUGACUACUGAAGAAGGAAAAUUGAUGUAUUUCACAGGAGACACCUCAGAAGAAGAAAAAUCUUCUCGUGUUUCCAUUAAAGACAUUUCUCCAGAAGAGACCAAAUCCAUGUCUCCCACUGAGAGUCCCAGCAAGGAAAUCUCUUCAGACCUUUUUGUUAGAGGAAUUUCUCCAGAAGACAUCAAAUCUCUUAGUUUCACAGAAGAGAUACCUGCAAAAGAAAAAACUAUGUCUGACUUUACUGACAAAUUCCCUUCAGAAGCUGUGAAAUCCAUGGAUUUCACAGAGCAGAGCCCAGCUGCAUAUGAAAAAUCACUGAAAAUUUCUGCCAAAGAACUCACGAAAGAACUAUCAAAAUCUUUUCCUUGCCCAGAGAGUAGCUCAGUUAAAGAGGCGUCACCCAGAGACACUUCGGCUGAAGAAAUGUCUCCAGAUGACAGCAGUUUAUUUUCUGCAUCAGAAAAGGACUCAUUUAGGGGAAGAACUGCAGGCUUGGACUCUCAGGAAGUAUCUCCAGAUGCAAAGGACUUACACUUUACAGAAUCUAGCCCAACUGAGGAUAAAACACCUUCACACAUUUCUGCUGAAGGUAUAAAAUUUUGCAGGUUCAAGGAAGUUCAGGAAGAAAAAUCUCCAGAAAUGGAAGACUUUUACAUGCAAGGUUUAAGUUAUGAGAAGAAAGUGUGGUUUCCAGAAGAGAUGGAGGAGAAUCUUGUUCAGGGAAGACGGCAGAGAUAUGAUAAAGAGAGAGAGAGCACAUUCUUGGAUGAGGUACCAGAAUAUGAAAAAAAAUCCCUUCCUAAAAUGGGAGAGGAGGAGAUCCUGUCUCCUGCAGUGCCUGGCAGUCACACCUGGAGAAGAGCAGAAAGUGAAGCAUGGGGAUCUGCAUAUGGGUAUCUUCAGGAAGGAAGAAAGACUGGAAGAGGAGGGCAGUUACCCAAAGAGGAGGAUGAGGAUCUCCAUCACGCUGAAGACACACCUGUGCUACUGCAAGCAGAAGCAGAAUGUUUAAAGAUGGAAUCAGGUGAUUACAAAGAAGAUACACAGAAGAGUGCCAAACCUACAUCAGAAACAAAGACAGUGGAAAUCGUUUCUGCUGACAUCACUCUCCCAGAAAGAACACAAAUGGAAAGUUCUCUGUCUUCUCGAUACAUCUCUGGUGAGGGAAAUCAGGACAAAACAUUAACUGGAAACAAAGAAAGGCAAGAAUUGUUGUUGACAUCUAAACAAGAUUACUCCUACUUAGAUGACGAGGAGAGAGCUGUCCUAGAUAUCUACGCAAAGUCACUAGACCAAGCACUGACAGCAUCUCCCCUGUCUGUAAUGGCUACCACUCUGGAAAAGGAGACUGACACAACACCAGAAACAGAAAGGCCUUACAAGUUAGAUCAGUGCAAGCCACCUUUACAGGAGGGAGUCCCAUCAAAGGACACAGAGAAUAAAUCAGGCAUCAGUGCUUUGUAUCAGGAAAUAGACUGUAAAUACAAGUCAGAUAGAAAGCAAGAGGACGACUGCAAAUCCACUGAGGGUCUUUAUGACUCAACAGAAAGAAAAGAGCAGAUGGCAGUAGCAUUUACUCUGUUGCAAUCUACAAGACCAGCAGAAUACGAAUAUAUAGUAGCAUCCCCAGAAGAAAGUGCUGCAGUGUCAGGGCAGCAUGCACACUCCCCUCUAGGACAAGGCCCUUGUCAAAAAAGCAGUGCUGUCAUGGGCCAUGCUGAGGCUGUGGGUUCUGCCAGCCAAGUGGCAUAUCCUCCAGAGACCUAUUCCAGGAGCUCCUCUAAUCCUUAUUCCUAUGAGGAGGGGGUCUACAGACCCAGAGGUGAUGACAUCUCUACAAGACAAGAACAAGAAGAAAGAGAACCAACUCCUUACCCUGAUGAAAGAAGUUUCAAGUAUGCUGACAUCUAUGAGAAGAUAAUUGUGUCUGCAGUUGGACCCCCCUCCUUCAAACCCAAGGGUGCACACAGCCCAGGUCACACUGACAAAGUUCCAGCAGCAGCACUGGUCUCCCAAAAAGGUCCAAGUUUUCAUGUCUCUGCAAAGGAAGAAGAGUCCUGCCUUUAUACCUCUGCUGAGAAGGAGUUGUCAUCUCCAGCAUCCCCUAAAGAUAAAGCAGAUUCAGCCUUUGACUAUACAGACAUCCAUGAAAGAUACUUGCCCUUCUCUGAAACAGCUAAGCCUAGGAUAUCUGAACGACAGGAAAAACUGAAGGUGUCUUCUGCUUUGCCAGAAGAACUGGACUCGGAACUGCACCCAUCAUCUGCAAGUACAGCAUUUGCCUCUCCCACAGACAUGACUGACACGUUUUAUCCAGAAAAAUCAGCUGCCUAUAUUGAUGCUGCUCAUCCAGAUGAGAACAUAAUUUUGUCUAGCCAGGAGCAGAUAUCUCUGUCCCCAAAAUCUGAAAGCCCGAAUCCCAAAGAUACAUACUAUGAGAAAGCAGGUCGAGGGGAAGAAAGCAUGAGUGACUCAGAGUUAGAAAAAGGUGCUAAGGAGAAGUCUGAAAAGGAGUCUAAACUGCACAGCCUUGUUGAAGCUGCAGGCACAGUCUAUGCAGACAUCUCAGCAAUGGACAAGUUUCAUGUAUCAGAACCCCUUCUGCAAAGCAAGAACCAGGGGAAGAAAGAUGAGUACUUGGAGGUUUCUGAGAAAAUCAGCAGCCUCAAUUCUUCUUUUACUAAGUUCUCAACGCUGAGUCCGUAUGAAGAGGAUAAAUUGUUCUCCAAAGCUGUGGAAAGAGAGUCUGUGCCCCAACAGCAGCUGAAAGAUGACUCUUCCAGCCUGUCAGAGGAACCUUCAUCUGAAGCUACCACUCCUGUGAUACCGACUACAGCAGAAAGUUUCUACUCCCAUAUGCUUUCAACAUACACGGGCAAAGAGGACACAGAGAGGCAGAGCCGUCCUUCCUCUCUGAUGUCCCCUGAACACAGUUUCCAGCCCUUUUCCCCAGAUGUGCAGAGGGGUGGAAAAACAGAGGACCAUGGAGAUGCUUCCCAUGAGAUGGAACCACAUUUAGGAGGCAGUUUUGAUUGCGGACAGAAAUCUUCGUCAUGUGAAUACAAGCACAGGAAGGGAGAGCUCUCUCCCUCAUUCAUCAACCCGAGCCCUCAUGAGCUCUCUGAAGAUAGUGAUCUCUCACAGGAGGACGGUCAUCCUUCAGUGCAAGGAAGACCACCCCACAAUGGUAGUAGCCCCAUGCAAAGUGCCACAGUGGAGGAAACCCCUCCGACAUCAGUGAGUGAUUCUGGAACCUCCCAGUCAGACUCGGAUGUCCCACCUGAGACAGAAGAAUGUCCAUCCAUCACAGCAGAUGCCAACAUGGACUCGGAUGAAGAUGCUGAUUUCCUUCCAGUGGACAAAGCUGUUGGGAAUGCUCAUCAUACCAGUUCUAGGUCCAGCCAUGAUCCUCAACCUGUUCCAAUGGUAGAUCCCCAUCCCCAUCCUCCUCACCCUGAUGUCUGCAUGGUAGACCCUGACAUGUUGGUAAAUGAGCAAAGCAUGAGCAGAACUGAUAAAAUUUCCAAGAAAGACAUAAAAGAAAAGAACAAAGGUGUGAGGAAGCCUUUGAGCAAACCCAAAUCUUCCUCGCCUGCCCGGAAAUUAGAUGUGAAAGGGAAACGAUCACCCACUCCUGUGAAACAGCCAUCAGACAAAUCUCCAAAAACUGUCCCUGCCAAAAAAGAAAGAGAUGGAGGAGAGAAGCCCAAACCACGUAGUGUGCUGGUGCAGCCUGCUCACACAGAAGAUGAGUUAUUCCGGAGUAGUCACAGCAACCCUGGCAAGAGCCUUGUUAAUGGCAUCAAAACAAACCCUGCUUCCAGUAGUCCUAAGAGCAGUUUGCCUGUGCUCACAGGUCCACCUGUCUAUGUGGACUUGGCAUACAUCCCCAACCAUUGCAGUGGAAAGAACACAGAUCCAGAGUUCUUCAAGCGGGUUCGAGCAUCAUAUUAUGUUGUGAGUGGAAAUGAUGCAGCCAAUGGAGAACCAAGCCGUGCAGUGUUGGAUGCACUCCUGGAAGGGAAGUCUCAGUGGGGGGAGAACCUGCAGGUGACACUGAUCCCAACACAUGAUACUGAGGUGACACGAGAAUGGUACCAACAGACCCAUGAGAAACAGCAGGAGCUAAACAUCAUGGUACUGGCAAGCAGCAGCACUGUUGUGAUGCAGGAUGAAUCUUUUCCAGCCUGUAAGAUCGAAUUCUAAAUCUCCUACACUUUGUGUUCAUCCAUUGACUCUCCAAUCACCGAUGCAACAUCAGAGACACCAUCUAAUCACAGUCCAGUUCUUCUCUGGUUUAGUCCUCUACAUGGUUCCCAUUUGUCAGGCAAUCGGGUAUCCAUCUAGCUCAGCACCAGAUGCCAUGAGAAAGAAGUGCAGCACUCUGUAAUAUUCUGGACUGAGCUAAGAGUUUGUGCAAGAGCAGUUGCAGGCCAGGGGCACUUCCACUUUCCCUGCUUUAUCCUGCUGCCUGUACAGUUUCUGUAGACUAUCUCGGCUGCCUUGCUGCUGUGAGAGCUUGUUGUACUCUCUUCCUGGCUGCCUUUGCCAUUUAACUUGUAGCACCAUGAACCUCAUCUUCCUGGUGAGGGCUGAAGUGCUGCUGCUGCAUGUAGACAGUGCAUGGAGGGUGGGGG